AUGGCUGCAAGGUGGGAAGAUGAGAAGGUGACUGAAGCUGCCUCAGAUGGUUUUGUUGCUAUUAAAAUCGACACCAAAAGUGAAGCAUGCCUGCAGUUUUCUCAAAUUUAUCCUGUAGUGUGCGUUCCAUCCAGUUUUUUUAUAGGAGACAAUGGAAUCCCUUUGGAAGUUAUUGCUGGAAGCGUUUCUGUUGAAGAACUUGUUAACAGAAUCCAUAAAGUUAAACAGAUGCACACGGUAAAAGGGCAGCCUUUGGAAAAUGGAACUCAGUCAUCUACUCCUUGUCCCUCCUCUCAAUCUGAUGGUGCUCCAGAAAAUACACAACCCAGAGCAGCGGAGUUUUGUGACUCUCCUGAGUCUGUUAUGUCUGAGACAAUAAGAACUUCUGCUGAUGGAGCAGGUCAAGCAAGCCAGGAAGCAACUAAUUCUUCAGAUGAGCAAGUGAGUGAUGCUCAGCCUGUGAAUGAUCUUACACUCAAAGUAGAAAGAAUAACAAAAAAGCUUGAAGAAAGACGAGAAGAGAAAAGGAAAGAAGAAGAACAGAAAGAAAUUAAGAAAGAAAUUGAGCGGAGAAAAACUGGUAAAGAAAUGUUGGAGUACAAAAGACGUCAGGAGGAAGAAUUGACAAAACGAAUGUUAGAGGAAAGGAACAGAGAAAAGGCAGAAGAGAAGGCUGCUAGAGAGCGUAUAAGACAACAGAUUGCAAUGGAUCGUGCUGAGAGAGCAGCUCGCUUUGCAAAAUCAAAGGAAGAAGCAGAAGCUGCAAAAGCUGCAGCUCUUCAGGCUAAACAGGCUGAAAUAGAGGCCAGAAAAGAAGCAUCUCAAAAGGAGCGAAGUGCAAUAGCCAGGAUUCAGUUCCGCCUACCAGAUGGAUCUUCCUUUACUAACCAGUUCCCAUCUGAAGCACGACUGGAAGAAGCAAGGCAGUUUGCUGCACAGACGGUUGGUAAUGCUUACGGUAAUUUUUCACUGGCGACAAUGUUUCCCAGAAGGGAGUUUACCAAAGAUGAUUAUGGAAAGAAAUUACUGGAGCUAGAGUUAGCACCCAGUGCUUCAGUAGUGUUGCUGCCGGCGGGAAGACCUGCUACUUCUGUUGUUCAGGCUUCAGGCAGUGAUCUGUGGAAGUUCUUGGGCACAAUACUUUAUCCCCUCUUAGCAGUUUGGAGAUUUAUUAGCAAUUUCCUGUUCACGAGUCCACCCCCCUCACAGUCUACUGUGAGAUCAGCUCAUCAGCAAGACCAUUCAAAUCCUUCAGCAUCUAGCAGCGCUGAGCAAAGCAGGCAAGCGGUCAGGAAACGAGUAGUGGAAAAGCGGGGAGAAGACUUCAAAAAAGAAGGCAAAAUAUAUAGACUGAGGACUCAAGACGAUGGAGAAGAUGAAAACAACACUUGGAAUGGAAAUUCUACACAACAAAUGUAGCUUUGACUAACUGCAGUAAUCGCUGUCUGGCUUUUUUUUUUCUUAUUUGAUCUAAGUCAACUAAAGCUUCUGGACAAGUGGGGCUUAUUUUACACUGACUGAAUUACUUCAUUCUUUUCCUGCAGUGGAAUAUGGAAUAAAGUCACCGAAGUCAGAAAAAUCAAGUGGGCAUAGCUGAGACCUAGAAGCAAAGAGUUAAAAAGACUGAAAAUCUCCAUCACCUUUCAUAAUCAUUACCCUAACAAAG